GAGCGUGAAAAUAUAUUUUCCUCGUUCUACAGUAUUUAAAAGAUGCAUUUGAAAUCCCGCAUAAAAUAAUUUUUAUGUAAAGUACUCAGUAAUAUUUAUUUCUAUAGGUUAACGUUGCAUCUCUCCGUCUUGUGGAAAGUUAAUUGUCGUAUUUUUCUUAUGUAAAGUUAAUUGUUAUAUCUCUUACGUAAAAAGAGAAGUUACAUUUCUUACGUAAAAGGAAAAGUCAUUGCUUCGCUUUGAAAUUUAUUAAUUCUUUUUAAUCGCGAAAUCUUUAUUUGAUUUCUGAAAUUUAUUGUAGAUUGCUUAUAUUAUACUGGAAUGAAUUGCGAGGCACUUAAAUUAAUUUCUGUCGUUAACAACAAUUAAUAAUGCUGUGCAAGAAUGUGUUGAUUCUUUGCAGUGGAUACUUGGCGAUAUAUUUACAUGUAACAAUUGCUUUUCUAAACCUCGCGCUGUCGUCCGUUUGUAGUUGAGACAUGAAUUUACGAGAGCCGAAGAAGAAAAGAACGAAAUUGAAGCCGCAGUUGCCAUUUCCCAUCCCACUGAACGAAACGGAAGAAUGGCCAGUGUACACGGCGCAUCUCACAGAUAUAGGCUCAUGCAUAAUUGAACCUGAAGAGAUGACUGCGGUGCAUUCUAUGGGGUUUUUCGGCAAGGGAUCGCUGUCGCGUAGCUAUCCGUCGUUUGGCAAAGCGAGGUACGGAGCACCGCCAGUUGUUCGAAACAGGCAAUGGCUUUGCAGACAAAAAUGGCUCAAGGAAGUCAAUGAAUUGAACACUACCGAUUUCAAAGUUACAGAUGCUAAAGCAAUUGCUCAAUGCGAGGAAGAAAACAUCCCGGAUGAAGAGAACAUCGGCGACGUCGUUGAGAUCCCAUCGAAUUCUAUCGCAAACGGGAGCAAGCCGAGAAACGAGAUGGACGCGAAGAGCAUCGAGAUCGAUGAAGUCACCCUAGAUUCCGCGGAGGAGGACGAUAUAUGCGUCAUUGUCAAUAGAGACUCGGAUAAAUAUAAUGCGGAUAGUAUCAAGACAGGAAGUUCAGCGAACGCUCACGACAAUAAGAACAGCAGUGAGGAGAGGAAAGACGAGGAGGAGGAAGAACUCUGGAAAUUGAAUUAUUAUGAUUUCAAGAGCGACUGCAUGAACGAGGAUGACAAUCAGCACGGGAAACUUUUGGUGUUGCCGGACAGCGAUUCGGACACCGAGAAUUAUUUGAAAAACAUCAAGCCGAGAAUCGAGAGCGAGGGCUUCCCCGUUCGAGAGGCUCUGCACCUCACCUUCGAGGAGACCUUUUUCUUGCUCUUUGGAUUAGGUUGCCUGCAGGUGAUCCACUUCGACGGUAGUCUGCUGGACAUCAACAGUGCGUGGUUAUACUUUUGCAAGGAGAAGCCGGACUUCUUACAGAAAUAUGUAGUGUAUCAUUAUUAUAGAAGCAAAGGUUGGGUGGUCAAACCCGGCAUUAAAUACGGCGCCGACUUUUUGCUUUAUAAAGAUGGACCACCGUUUUAUCAUGCUUCUUACAUCGUUAUAGUAGAAGUAGCAGACGCGGACUCUUUAGUUAUAGAUCCUACCAUGUCCUCGCGAUCUAUGACGUGGAACAGUUUGAUCGGAUUUGAAAGGCUGUCCGAAACUACUGCUAAGGAAAUACUUUUCGCGCAAGUUUUGUGGCCGUCGUCGGUAUCUCGGGAUAUCAGCGGAACUAGUCCCGAAAUACUUUCCGAGUUCACCGUGAGAGAGUUACUCUGGCGUCGAUGGAAUCCGAAACAGCAUCGGGAAGAUGUUCCCACCGAAGAGGAGGACGACGAUUCAUGCUGAAGGAUUUUCUAACCGUUUACGUAUCAUGGAAUUUCUUUUUUAUCUUACAAUGAUUGAGCUGGGAAUUUCUUUUUUUUUAUCUCAAUGAUUGGGCUGUAAAUUAUUUUACAUAUAAUCUUUUUACUAUAUUAACACCGCGUAUAUUUUAUAUAUAACUUUUUUUAUUCACACGUUUCAUGCCCAACUAAUUUUAUGUGAUUUGCGAAAGGAAAAGGCCUAAUGUACAAAAUGCAAAACAAAGCAAAUAUUUUUA